AAAACACCUACACCUCCAUCAACACUUGCAUCCAUAUCAACCUUCAACAACUACCCAGCCAACUCUUCUCAUCCAAAUCUUUAGAAGCUUUCCCCUCAACCCCACAACUUACAAGAUGCUCUCCCUCUUCCAGCUCUCCCUCGCCCUCCUGGCCGCCACCCAGCUGGCAGCCGCCCAAGCCCCAACGACCAAGGUGGCGGCCGAGCUCUCGCGCCGCGACAACGGCUGCGCGCUCUCGGGCGUGGUCAACGGGCAGUGCGGGCGCUUCUACAGCGGCGCGGGCUGCAACGACAUGAUUACGCAGAUCAACCCCGACUGCAAGGGCAAAUGCCACUCGUUCCCCAACGGCAUCCGCAGCGUCAAGGCCGCCGGCGACGGCACCCGCGGCACCGACUGCGAGCUGUACGAGGACGAAAACUGCGAGACAAAGUGGGCCAUGGGCCGCACCGGCAACUCCAUCUUUAAGCAAAAGUGCCACACUGCUUCCAACGACAGGGUCGCCAAGAGCGUCAAGUGCUGGUUCGCGUGCUAGUAAAUAUUCAGUGAUUCACGCAAGAGUUUGGGAUCAUUAACGGCCUUUGUUCUCUGUUUGGUUUGUGGAAGCGUGUUUAGAUUGGAG